AUGUCGAGCCACAUGCCUACCAUUUUGUGUUGCAUGUGUGCGACGCCUAUCGUGGCAAACGCUGCUAAUACAUGUGUAAGCUGUCUCAAGUCACAAGUAGAUGUAACUGAAGGCAUUCCCAAAGAGGUGAUUAUUCAUCAGUGCAGAGGCUGUAUGCGUUGGUCGCGUCCACCUUGGGUUGCUGCUGAUCUUGAGUCCCGUGAGCUUUUGGCUUUGUGCCUGAAGAAGAUAACAAAUCUUAAUCGCGUUAAGCUCAUUGACGCCAAUUGGGUUUGGACAGAACCACAUUCACGUCGCCUUAAGCUCAAAUUGACGGUGCAAAAGGAAGUUCUAAGCAAGAUGAUCAUGCAGCAGGCAUUUGUUGUCACUUUUGUAGUGCGCAACCAACAGUGUGAUGCCUGUCAGGCUUCAUUUGCCAAUCAAUCUUGGCGCGCUGUGGUUCAGGUGCGCCAACGCGUGGAUCACAAGCGUACGUUCUUUUUCUUGGAGCAACUUAUAUUAAAACACCGCGCUCAUGAAAAAACAACAAACAUUGAGUCCCAUCCGGAUGGUGUCGAUUUUUUCUUUUCGGAACGCAAUCAUGCGCUACGUUUUGUCGACUUUUUACAAGAGUCUGUGCCCAUGAAGGUGAAGACAGCUAAAAAGCUCAUUUCUGCUGAUAAUCACAGCAACACGCACAACUACAAGUUUACGUACGCUGUGGAAAUUGCGCCUGUAUGUAAGGACGACCUCGUUGUGCUACCAGUCAAGCUGGCUCGUAUGCUGGGUAACAUAUCGUGUCUUUGCCUUAUACAGUCUGUUACAUCUUCAAUUCAUGUUGUUGACCCGUUCACCACUCAAGUGGCUGAGAUUGAUUCCGAGAAGUACUGGCGCUACCCAUUUCAUGCGUUACGAUCUAUUAAAGCCAUGUCAAAUUUUACCAUUCUCGAUUCAAGUCCAAUGGCCAUACCAUCUGGUGGAGGCCGUGCGAUCCGUGUUAGUCGAAAGACUCGACUGGCUGAUCUAGAAAUUGUUCGUGAUGUCGAUUUCGGAGUCAAUGAUACUCGUUUUCGCACUGUAAGCCACCUUGGCAUGAUUUUGCAUGCAGGUGACUCUGCUCGUGGUUAUGACCUCACUUCUGCUGUGUUUAAUGACGCCGACCUAGUGCCUCUUGUGCAGUCAGGCAUAUCCAUGCCUGAUGUGGUGCUUGUCAAGAAGACGUUUCCAAGCAGAAUCCAAAAGCGUACACGUAACUGGAAACUAAAGAAAAUAGAAGGUGUGGAGCAAGCUGGCACCGUUCGAAAGACCGAUCUGUCGAAAGAGGAACAGGACUAUGAACAAUUUUUGGAUGAACUUGAAGAAAAUAAGGAUUUGCGAUCACAAAUCAACCUUUACAAGGACGAGACAAAGUUGUCGGAACGAAUGGAGGAUAACAAUACUUUUGAAGAGGAUGAUGCUGGAGCUCCCGCUGUGGAAUUGCACGAGCUUCUUGAUGAUUUGGUUAUGAGGGAUGAUGAGUCUGCUCCGCAGAUUCUGUCCGAUGUUGAGUCAAAACAGACGCUUGCGUGGGAGCUGGAGGAACUGUAG